AUGAGGGAGUUUAAGAAUUCCAUUCCACUCUUUUCUGAUCUGAAAAACGAGGCUUUGCGAGAACGGUAGGCAAUGGGUCGUUGAUUGUUGAACAAAUUCUCCUUGCCAGUACCAGAAGAAAACUGAUUUUACUUUUAGAAAGUUUGGUUAAUUGUGUUCUUUAAUUUUUUCAACCAAAAAGGACGACAAAACGAUAAAACUAUGUAAAUGUAUAGCAAUACAAACAUAAUUCAAUUCUGUUGGAUCGUUCAAUUCCUAGUCAUAUCUUUUUUAAAUUUUUUUGUUAACAAAAUAGCGUACAAUUUAUUCUUAGCCUGUAUAAAAAAACCUCUUAUCCAUGGUCGGAAGGAAAAAGGAGGCCAAUAUAAAAAAAAGAGUACAUUAAUUCUGUAAUCUUGACUUCUUUACCGAACAGCCAUUGGAAGAAAUUAAUGGAAAUGACGGGCAUGAAGUUCGAUCUCAAUCCGGACACCUUCACACUUCAAAACAUGUUUGCCAUGGAGCUACACAAGUUCCAGGAGGUCAUCGGUGACAUCACGGCUAGCGCCACAAAGGAGCUUGGGAUCGAGAAAGGUAUCAGUGAAGUGGGUGACACGUGGGGCGCUAUGAAAUUCACUGUGUCCAAGUUUAUGAAGGGAACCCAAGAGAGAGGCUUUAUUUUGGGAGCUGUUGAUGAAAUCCUGCAAAUACUGGAUGAUAAUGCCAUGAAUUUGCAGAGUAUGUCCGCCUCGCGGUUUGUGGGGCCGUUUUUGGAAACUGUUAACAAGUGGGAGAAGAGUUUGUCACACAUUGGAGAGGUUGUUGAGGUAAGUGUCUGAGCAAUAGUAAACUGAGUGUGGAAAGUAAUCAAAUUACACGUUCUAAGAUUUUGUUUUACCUCGCAUUGUGAUUGGUCCAGACUGGUCUGUGAUUGGUCUAGCGCUACUUUUUCAUCCAAUCAGAUUUAAAUCUGACUAAAUUUCAUUCGCGACUUGGUCACCUAUGUUGCCCACGCUUCUUGCAGUUUGUGUGUUUUUACUUUCAGUUCUCAUUGGCUCAUUAUGUUAUUUUCCUUUCUUCCGAUUGGCUGUCGUAAUUAUUUGGUUUUGGUCUUACGACGCUUAAUCGAAAUGUGCUCUAAAAUUGCUUAAACAAGGUUAAAUUUGGCAACCAACAGAUAGGUACUCUGUCCUAAAAGGGCGACUAAACAUCAAAACCACUCAAAAUGAAACUGCGAAGGAGAUCUCUACCAGUCCCCAUGGUAAGCCUUACUUGAGUUGGAAUCUCGAAAAACCAUCAACGUCUUAAGGAAACAGCUAUGUCAUGAAGCGUUGCAGAUAAUAUCUGAUAUCCACUGUCUGGGAUCGUUUUUUCUAAUCCUUCUCAGGUGUGGAUGGUUGUGCAAAGAAAGUGGAUGUACCUUGAGAGCAUCUUCAUCGGCGGAGACAUCAGAGCUCAGCUUCCAGAGGAGGCCAAGAAAUUCGAUGACAUCGAUAAGACAUUCAAGAAGGUUUGUAGCAUGUUACGCUUCUGUGUUGCACGUGAAGGUGUGUGCUAAAGAAUUGGUGAUCGGGGGGAGGGGGGGAGUGGUGGCAGAGAGCAAGGGUUCUUGUCCAGACGUUUGGAUAUUUCAGUUUCAUUAAUAACCAGUUCAGAAUCUAAUUUCUCUCCACAAUAACACUGUCGAAUCAUCCAUUAAGAUCAUGAAAAUAAAGGAAAUGAUCGGCAGUCAAAGAAGCUUUGAUUGUUAAACGAAUUCUUCUUUUCUCUUGGGAGAAAAUUCAGAAGAAAUCUGGGAAAACACCCUUCCGUUUAUCUCUAAAUUUAACUAUGAAUUUUUCAGGGGAAAGGCACGUCCCAGCCAACACCACAAUGUCCCGCUCUGCUCUCUCAUCUUUUCUUAGUUCGGCUCCUGUUAAGAGCACAUUUUCUCCAAUGUCUGUGUCACUUGAAUAAUUCAUCUUGCACUUCAUGGUCUUCACCUUGUUUCUGUCUUCAGAUCAUGAGCGACACUGCAAAGAAUCCAAAAGUGUUAGAAGCUUGUCACGCCGCCAGUCGUCUGGAGCAGCUGCAGAUGUUGGUAGCUGGUUUGGAGAAGUGUCAGAAGAGUUUAAAUGAUUACCUGGACUCCAAGAGAAACGCCUUCCCAAGGUUUUUCUUUAUUUCUGACGACGAACUGCUCUCUAUUCUCGGCAGCCAUGAUCCACAGUGCGUGCAAGAACAUAUGAUCAAGGUAACUGAGUACGACGCAAUCAGGGCCAAUUUUAUUGCUUAAUGGCGAGUGGCAAAUUUACCUCUGAUUUUGCUUACUUUUCCUCUAAUUGUUUAUUAGAGCCAGUUGACAACAAUGACAAAUAUUUCAAUUUCACGUGCGCAAACAUUUUAACCCUUUUACCACCAAGAGUGACUAGCAUCUAAUUUCUCCUUAAAAAAUCCCUCCUUAAUCACACACUAAGGUCGUGAGAAUGAAGGAAAUGAUUACCAACACCUUAGGAAAUGUAUAGAGAACAGUAAGGAGAAUUUGCAUACUGAUGUUAGGGUGUAAUGGCUUAAGGCAGUCAGUAAAUUUUGCCUUUGUUGUUCGCGCGCGCUGUAGGCGAUGAUCUUAGAGAGAAAACAAGGAUUGUCAACACAUCAUCUGAAGCAUGGGCUUGGCAGUACCUCUAACCUGUUUUAAACGCAGUUAUCACCAAGUAAUCGCAACUUGUAUGCGGCGCAGCUUCCUUCAAAAGCUAAUCAUUUACUUUCUAAUUUUACUGGUUCUCGUCUUUUACAGAUGUUCGACAACAUUGCUAAGUUGCGUUUCGAAGAAGGGACUGGUGAAGAGAUGUUGGCCACUGCCAUGCUCAGUAGCGAGGCUGAGGUGAUGGAGUUCAGGCAGCCAGUGGCGGCUGAGGGACGAGUGGAAGACUGGAUGACAAACGUGCUGAAUGAAAUGAGAAGGACUAACAGACUCAUUACGAAAGAGGCCAUCUUUAAAUAUGGCGGCGAACUGUCCAGGUAUAAAUUCUUUCUUUACCUAACCAUCUAAUCUCUCAGAGCGACCAGCAUCUAAUUUCUCCUUACAGUAUCAUUAAGGUCAUAAGAACAAAGGAAAUGUUCACCAACUUUAGAAGCUCUUGAUUUUUAAACAAAUUCUCCUUUUGAGAACCAUAGGAAUGUAUAGAGAACAGUGCAGAGAAUAUGCGUCCUGAUGUUAGGUUGUAUAGGGUUAAGCUUUAAUGAUCUGUGGCUAAGGUUGUGUUUGCUUUAGCAUUACGAUUUUGUUGUUAAAAAAAUUGUUUCCUUAGCGUCCCAGACAGUUUUGAAAAAAUGAAAAAGAAAAAAAAAACAGGUGUUCUAAGCCUUCGUCUGCCUUGCUUGUUGCGUAAAUGUAAGGUCUUUUUUUCGCACAGUGGUCAGUUGAAACGAAAAUUUGAUUCUUAGAGGUUAUGAAAUCGAAACCAAAACCAAAUCAAUCACAAAAGCCAAUCAGACAUAAAAAUAUAUCAUUUGGAGGUAAUGAGAACUCAAAAUAAAACUAUCAAACUACCUGAAGCACGGGAAAACGUGGGUGACCAGGUCACGAUUAAUUUUAGUUUUGAAUCUGAUUGGCUAGGAAAGUUGAACAAUCAUGUAGGGACGUAAGGAAAAACCUAAGCAAUCCUGGAUUACAUUUGACACUGUUGUAAAUUGCUCUUUUAAGUUUAUGUUACUGUCUGGUAACAUUUUAGAUGUGUUUGUUUUUUUUUUCCAGAAUUGACUGGAUGAUGGAGUAUCAAGGAAUGGUGGUACUGGCUGGAAACCAAGUUUGGUGGACAUGGGAAGUUGAGGAUGUGUUUAGAAAAGUGAAGAAAGGAGACAAGAUGGGAAUGAAAAACUACGCUAAAAAGAUGCACAAACAAAUCAGCGACCUUGUUGAAAAGGUAUUUUGACACUGGCUUUUGGUCAGUUAAUUAGAUUAAUAAAAAAAUGAAUUAAUAGAUAAAUGAUUUCAGAAGCAAUUAAGAUAAAUUACAUAAAAAAGUGGCAAUUUGUGGAGAACUAUCUUGCUAAUAAGAAACGCUAGAUCUGUUUAUGCGCAUAUAAAUAGCGUGAGGAGAACGUAACACUGAUUAAAAUGGACAAGGCUAGUUUAGGAUCCUGAAAUAAAAAAAAGAGAUGACGUUAUAUUUCUUAUCUAACAAUUUGAUCUAAAAACGUACAAUCCCAGUCUGUUGCCAUGAAAUCAAAAUUACCAUCGUCCGAGACAAAAUUUUAUUUUCUAUGGAAGUUUUGCGUAACGUGACUCGCUUCAUGAAGUAAGCUGUUUACACUUUUUUUUUUUACUUAUGUAAAGUUUGUGGUUUUUUUUUUCAGGUUCGUGAGCCAAACCUGACCAAAAAUGAUCGCAAGAAGUUCAACACAGUGCUGAUUAUUGAAGUUCACGCCAGAGACAUCAUUGACAGUUUUGUUCGAGACAGGUGAGAAUAGUGACAUGAACUAACCUGGGGUUUCUAUAAAAGCCAUUUAUUGGUCUACCGCCGCUUAGAGGACCUCUUACCGCCGCGUACGGCCCCUUUUCCGUACACAGCCGCCAAUUGCACUAUCGGAAGCCGCUUACGGAUAAAGUAAUUGAAACCGCUGGAGCUAACUAGUCAAAAUAUUUUGCUGCUUUAUUUUUAGCUGCUUUAUUUUGUCUUAGACAAUCAGAUGCAAAUCUAUCAUCAAUCACAAAUAAGUCGCACAUGCUUUCCCUUACAUAAGGUCGGCGGUUUGUUUGUCUCUAUAUACCUUGAGCUCUCUUUGAGUCUUCAUUGGGUCAGAUUGAGCUCUCGGAAGGAGGGAAAAUGUUGAGGCUCUUGUUAACUAAAGUUGAGAAUGAUCAUAAUUCCCUCUGUUUUCCUGACAGCAUUAUGGACACGCGUGAGUUCGAGUGGGAGAGUCAAUUAAGGUUCUAUUGGGAUCAGUUACCUGAUGAGUUGAUGGUGCGUCAGUGUACAGGCGAGUUUGGUUAUGGAUACGAGUACAUGGGACUAAAUGGACGACUGGUCAUCACCCCCCUGACAGACAGAAUAUACCUGACUAUCUCUCAGGUGAGGUGUUUAAGUGUGUAACAAAUUUAAAGGGGGGGGGGGUAGUGUAGUUAUUAGAUGAACGUUUGGUGUUUUAUAAUCUUACUGAAUUGUAGUUUUACGCUUCUUUUCCCUUCUUUUUGUAGGCCUUGUCCAUGUACCUCGGUGGUGCUCCCGCAGGGCCGGCUGGUACAGGAAAAACCGAGACAGUGAAGGAUCUGGCUAAAGCUCUGGGAUUACUGUGUGUUGUAACUAACUGUGGAGAGGGUAUGGACUACAAGGUGAGCUAAACAGGUUUUGUGGAUGUCAUGUGAUAUGAGUAAUUUGCGUCACGCUUACGUGUCACGCAAUUGAGUGAGAGCUAUGGCUUCGACGACCUGCAUAGAGUGACAGUCAAACCCUUGCUGUUUGACAGAAUGUCUUUACAUUUUUGACCAGCUACUUAAUUUUAAAAGUUAUGUUUGUCGUUGCCAGCCACCCUUUACAGUGUGUGACUCGAAACUGGGGGAGUCGAAUUUGUUGCAAUAUUUUCGCAUAUCAGUCUACAAACGCACGAGUUUCUUACUUUUUUCUCCUCCAGUCCAUCGGCAAGAUAUUCUCAGGCCUGGCGCAGUGUGGUGCCUGGGGCUGUUUUGACGAGUUCAACCGUAUUGACGUGUCUGUACUAUCAGUUGUCUCAACGCAGAUUAAAACACUGCAAAAUUCACUCAGCAACCAUCUUAAGAGACUACAGGUGAACUUACGUCUACCUUACCUAAACUUUGACUUAAUUUGCAUGAAGAAAAAUGGUAAACGUAAUAACAAACCCGUCUCAAGCGUUACAAACUAUAGACAGUUUAGGGCAAUUACGUUUCGUAAAUAAUCUGAGAUUACCUUAGUUUUGCUUUAACCCUUUACAUCCUAACAUUAGCAUUAAUAUUCUCCAUACUGUUCUCUGUACAUUUACUAAGAUGCUGACAAGGAGAAUUUGCACCGUCCUCUCAAACAAUUAGAAGUAAAAAUAGAAACAAAGUUUCCUCAGUCAUUCGCGUUUUCCCGCGCUUUAUGUGACUUGCUUGUCUUUGCUUUUAGUCUCGUUGGUGAAUUGAUCUAAUUGGUCGCUUUGAUUAUCUUUGGUUCUGGUUUUUCGUAGUAGUCGAAAACUGCUCUAAAGAAAGACGUAAGACUUUGUCAAGAAUGUGAGACAAAAGGAAAUCCAAGGUCUCCGUGAGGAUACAGACUAUAGCUAUUCCUUCUAGUUUUUCUACCAACUGAUCCAGAGUAAACCCUACGGGAAGCAAUUGUUAAUCAAAUUGUAAACUCAUUUCUUCUCCUUAAACAGUUUGAAGGUACAGAGAUAGCACUGGAUGGUCGCAUGGGGAUUUUCAUUACCAUGAACCCUGGCUAUGCAGGUCGUACGGAACUUCCUGAGAGUGUCAAAGCUCUGUUCAGACCUGUUAUGUGUAUUGUGCCAGACCUGCAACAAAUCUGCGAGAUCAUGCUUUUCUCCGAAGGGUUUUUAUUGGCCAAGGUAAGACACACGAAAAAGAAAAUACGAUUUAGAGAUUGUCUGAAUUUAGUGUCAAAAGCAAUCAGGAAUUGUUUUUCUUGGCUUUUAUGAUUGGCGAUAGAAACUUACGUCGCUUACUCAAACUAUCAAAUGCAAAAGUUAAGUCGACUUGGUCGCCAGCUUUAUCUUGCGCUUAAGGAUGGGGACAUUUAUUUACUUGGAUAAUAAACAUUUAUUCUGCUUUGCUGAUCUGAAUAUUUUGGGUUUAGUUUCACGACACUUAUUCACUCACUCACCCGGGAUAGAAGGGGAUGGACGCUUUUUCGAGGCUGGGUGCUUAUCAACUUUUCCUUCCAACAGGGUCGGCGCUUAAUCGAGAUGGGCGCUUUUCCGGGGUUGGACGCUUAAUUGAUGAAAUACGAUUCACGCAUGGCAUGCAUCUAGUUAAACAUUAUUGUAAAUUCCUCCUUUUUACAAAGGUUCUUGCCAAGAAGAUGACAGUACUUUACAAACUUGCGUCAGGACAGCUCUCCAAACAAUCUCAUUACGACUUUGGGCUUCGUGCACUGAAGGCUGUACUUGUGAUGGCAGGGGAACUGAAGAGAGGUUCUCCUGAUCUGAGCGAGGUCAGUGUCAGUUCGUGUUUGAAACGGAGAAACGAUUACAAAAGUGUCUAUAGAAAUACUUAGGUUCUAAAUCUAGUGAAACACUGUUCCACUGUCAAGGUUUAGGCGUUCGACUUUAAGAUCUUAACUUCUCUGAACCGUUUCUUUUCCUAACCGUCCAAUAGUUUUUCUCUUGUCCAGGUCGCAUGUCGCUAGGAAGCUUAGUACAUUCAGAGUAAAAAUGCCUAGCAUCUCCAGUAGUGUUAAGUUUAGAAGAGACUGAGAGUCACUCGUGACCAAGUUUCCAGUAAAUGUAGAAACAAAUUUGUUGUUUGUUGACGUUUGCUAACCCCUACAUAUUUCUUUCACUGCCUUUACCUACGUUAACUCUGAAACAGAGGUCACGGUUCAAAGGUACCCACUGCUAUCUCAACUUCUCUUUUGAAUUUUUACUUCUUUCAGGAUGUAGUGUUAAUGCGUGCGUUGCGUGACAUGAACUUGCCAAAGUUUGUGUUUGAAGACGUACCACUCUUCCUCGGUCUCAUAGCGGACUUGUUUCCAGGCCUUGAUUGUCCAAGGGUACGAUACCCAAAUUUCAACGACGCAGUUGAAGCAGUGUUGCAGGACAAUAAAUACAUUUUGCUUCCACAUCAGGUAAAGCAUAAUUUAUAACGCCACAUUUCGAGAGAGAAUUUUUCUCGGGAUCCGGCGAAUACAAUUUAAGGGCGCGUUCCAUUUGACUGGAAAAUAUUUUUACUGCACCUUUUGCAAGCGGCAUCCGGAACGUGCAAACUGUCCGGCUCUGAGAGAAAAGGGGGAAAUCUUUUCAACAUAUUGUCUUCUCUUCGAGUCACCUUUUUUCAUUUACAUUGACUUCCUAGAAGUUUCGACAUCAUUCGCUCUUUUAAUGUUUAGCUUGAGGUAGUUGAAAGAUAGCUUUGAAGUUCAACUAAUAUACAUGCUGUCUCUGCGUAACAGGCCGAUAAAGUUGUUCAAAUGUACGAGACUAUGUUGACACGACAUACAACUAUGAUCGUGGGCCCCACUGGAGGAGGAAAGACUGUUGUUAUUAACACAUUAGCGCAGGCGCAGACACGGUAAGAUGAAUUAUUCACCUACAUCAAUUACUUGCGAGCAGGCCCUCAUUUUUUGCGUCGAACCGCUAUCUGGGAGACACAGUCCCAAGGCACUUCAAACCUGAAUGUGUGUUUAGGCUUUUCUUUCUGCAAUCGAGUUUACUCCAGCGGAUCUUUUCAUUAUUCAUCAUCCUGAGGUCAAAUGUGACUUAGCGGUUAUCAAAUGAAUUUGGAAAUUUAAGGGCUGCGAAAUGAAUGUCAGUAUCUGAGCAACUGCCUACCUACCCCUCCCCAGCCCACAUUAGACUUAACUUGUUAUCAGUUGACUGUUGUUGGGUUAGGGGAGUGGUAGGUUCGCAGUUGCUCAGAUACUGACAUUGAUACGGCCAGCCAUCAUCUUCUGGCGCAACUAGUCUUCUGUUUUAUUGACCCAACUUUUCUCUUAUCUCCAGUCUGGGCAUAACUACAAAGAUGCAUAUUAUGAAUGCCAAGGCAUGCACAGUGGUGGAACUGUACGGGACGCUGGAUCCUGUCACCAGGGACUGGACUGAUGGAUUACUGUCCAACAUCUUUCGUGAGAUAAACAAACCCACCGAUAAAAACGAACGCAAGUACAUCGUGUUUGACAGCGAUGUGGACGCCCUGUGGGUAGAGAACAUGAACUCUGUGAUGGACGACAACAGACUGUUGACUUUGGCUAAUGGUGAGAGGAUUCGGCUUCAGAAACACUGCGCCUUGCUGUUUGAGGUAACUUCAGUUUAAAAUAUUUACCAAUGCACGCUCUUCCCAUUUGAAACCUCCUUUUUCAUAUUGGUGCAUUGUUGACUCCGUUGAAUUGGGUGAUCAUAUUGCAUGUGGCUGUAGCGAAUUGUUGGUUAAAAAUUACUUUUCAAAAAAAAUGUUGCUCAUCUAAGAUCUUUCUAAAUUUUUCUACCAGGUUAUUUUAUUUGGAAAAUUGAAUUCUCAUAAUUUGUACGUUAAAAACUCUGCGACGAGAAGAAGAGAAAAUGUUUAAUCUUAUUAAGGGACUAAAAUGUCUCAAUUCCCAACUCAGGUUUCAGAUCUUCGUUACGCUUCCCCGGCCACUGUGUCCCGUUGCGGAAUGGUGUACGUGGAUCCUAAGAAUCUGGGCUACAAUCCUUACUGGCAGAAAUGGUGCAAUGCUCGAGGAAAUGACAAGGAACGAGAAGAGCUCAACAGACUCUUUGAGAAAUAUGUGCCUCCCUGCAUCGACUUGAUUCUGGAAGGAAUCAUCGAAGGAAAAAUCGGAAAGAAGUUGAAGACGAUUAUUCCCCUGACUAAUCUUAACAUGGUAAGUGAUGGUUUUGUUCAAAAAAAUGUUUGCUAACCAAUUAUCAAAAAGCUACGUAUGGAGAGACGUGGUGCACCAGCUUGCUCGGUGGACUCUAGAUGUACAGGGCCUGGUUCGAGUCCUGGCCAGUUUUUUUUUUUCAGGAAAGAGAUUUUACUCUCCCUAUGCCUCUCUCUGGUAAUGAGUAAAAACUGACAUCGACGAGCUGAUACGAAAAAUUUGGAAUCAAUGUCAGUCUUUGAGCAACAGCGCACCUGCCCCUCCCUUAACCCUAUUUUGCUAUCAGGUUACUCAUUUUGGGCUAAGGGAGGGGUAGGUGCGUCGUCGCUCAGAUGCUGACAUUGAUUUCGUACCAGCUCGUCGAUGUCAGUUUGUACUUAUUGCCCUCCUCUACCAAAAUAUGUGGUAGAAAAUGAUGAAAAGUGUUACAUUUCAUGAUCUGUCAUCGCAUUCAGGAACGGUAGAUUAGGAAACGGGUUGUGCAUGCUUUAGACUUGAUUCUCGCAGCAGUUAUGAGUAAUGGAUAAUUUCAUGUGUAUUUCCCUUUAGGUCGUUCAAUUGUCCCAGAUGCUCGAUGCACUGCUUCCCCCAGCAGAAAACGCUCAAUUCCUGGGAACUGAAACAACAGAGGCUGUUUUCUUGACCUCGUUGACUUGGUCGCUAGGGGGAGGCCUACUGGAGGAUGGGCGGAUUGUUUUUGAUGGAUUCGUGAAGAGGAUCGCGUCUUUACCUCAGAAUCCAGCUGAAGGAAGCGUUGUUAAACCAGGUUUGAAUUCAAUUUCUUCAACGAUGAAGGGCUGACGCUCGAAACGUCAGCUUUAGAAACUCUAUAAGUUAUUCAAUCUACAAUUUUCAUAAUUUUUCUUUUUUUCAUUUCUUUUAUGGUAUAUGGGGGACAAAUUAUCUUGUCACAGUUUCGCCAAGGCUGAAAAGGCAUUAAGAAAAAUAUUUUUACACCUGAAAGCCGUAGAAUUUGUGUUUACUUUUUUGGAAUCGUUUUUGCUUGUGAGACAUAACAAGAAGUGGUUUUCAAGCCAUUUUCCCACCUUUUUUCUUGUAUGUCAGGUGAGAUCCCGAGCGCUCAGCCCACGGUGUUCGAGUAUUAUUUCGACACGAAAAAGGGCCUUUGGGUACCCUGGGUUGACGUCAUCCCUAAGUACGUCCACGACCCUGAGAAAAAGUUCUCGGAGAUUUUGGUGCCCACUGUGGACACUGUCAGGACAACAUGGCUGCUUGAGCUGAUGGUUAAUAUUAAGAGACCUGUGGUACUUGUGGGGGAGACUGGGACCUCCAAAUCGGCAACUACAGCGAAUUUCUUGAGGGGACUUGAUAAAGAUGCGACGGUAUGUUGUACAUAAAGGAAAUUUAGUAAUCAAGUAAUAUUUUGUCUUUUUUUCUUAAAGAAAGAAAGUAAACGGACUGAGUGGAGAGGAGAUUUAUGUGUCUGAACAUUAAUAGUUGAACGGCUUUCAAUCGACUGCGUUGUAUUUUUCAUUGAAAGUAACUCAUGUUCGAGCCAACUAUUCCUUUUGGCUUUGCCUUGUUCAGUUAUAAAUGCCUUAGUUAUUUAUCUCUUUGUUUCUGUCUUAUAGCUUCUUCUCAACAUCAACUUUUCGUCUCGAACGACGUCCAUGGAUGUACAAAGGAAUCUCGAGGCAAACGUAGAGAAGAGAACAAAAGACACUUACGGUCCCCCCAUGGGUAAGAGACUGCUGGUGUUUAUGGAUGACAUGAACAUGCCACAGGUUGAUGAGUACGGAACACAGCAACCAAUCGCGUUACUGAAAUUACUCCUUGAGAGGGGAGGCAUGUAUGACAGAGGAAAGGAACUCAUCUGGAAGAACUUCAGGGAUAUUGGCUUUGUAGCCGCCAUGGGAAAGGUACAGUAGGUUGAAUUAGAGAAAGUUUCAAGUUAGUGUCGAUGGUAAUGUGGCAUCCUUGGUUUUGCUUUAUUACGCUCUGUAAUAGUUCUAGAAAACGCGUGCCGAAUCAGAUUCAAAAAAUAACAGUGACUUUUCCAAUCCAAGCGUACUGGCUUAAAAAUGUGCAUUGGGUGUUAAAGUGAUAAGAUUUCUGUGGGGAGUAACUUUUUUAAGUCUUAACCGAAUUUCCAAAGGAAAAUGAAUACUUCUUUUUUGAAGUAAAAAACGCUUUCUAACUUUUGUUUAUCAACGCAUUAAUUUCUUUUUUUUUCUCUCUCUAUCAGAUGUCUUUCACAAAGCAAUUUGUGGUUCUCACACGCGUUUUUUUUACCUUUUUACACUUCAUUUUUCGUUUUUUUCUUCCAGCCGGGUGGUGGUCGUAAUGAGGUGGACCCGCGUUUCAUUUCGUUGUUCAGCGUGUUCAACGUCACUUUUCCUUCACAAGAAUCCUUGACGAAAAUAUACCAUUCUAUUCUUAACGGGCAUUUGGAGCCUUUCAAAAAGGAAGUCAGAGAACUAGCUUCCAAGAUCACAGCCUCAACACUGGAGUUUUACAACAAGAUCAUACAAAAUCUACCACCGACACCCUCUAAAUUUCACUACAUUUUUAAUCUGCGGGAUUUAUCCCGUGUAACCCAGGGAUUGUGCUUAAGCACACCCGAUAGGUUUGAUACCCCCGGGCAAUUCGUCCGACUGUGGAAGAACGAAUGUCUCCGAGUGUUCUACGACCGCUUGACGAGCUCGUCGGAUAAGAAGAUCGUGAAUGUAAGUAAUUUACAUAUUUGUUCCUUUAUGAAUCUUCACGGGCGGUGUUUAACUGAAUCAUUCAGGGAACUGACGUAAAAUUACCACCAACCAGCUCAGUCUUGCUUUUAAAAUGAUUAAAAAAAUGUCAGGAAGAAAUCCUGUCAAAAUUUGACAUUUCAGAAGAGGGAUGUGGGUUCAGUAACACUUUGAAUACCGACUAAAUUGAGUGUCUCCUCUGCGAGUUUCCUUUAUUGCUAUUCAUACUAACGUGUCACGGUUAUUUCCCCCUAUCAGGGAUACAUUAGCGAGCUGGUAGAGCAGAACUUUACAAGUUAUGUGGACACCGUAAAUCGAGAGCCCAUCUUGUUUGGAGAUUAUCGUAAUGCUUUGACUGAAGAUCCGCGCUUGUAUGAAGACAUCGUGGAUUAUGAAGCAGCCAAGGCUAUUUUUGACGAGGUUCGUAGCGUAUGCUGCUUUCUUUUGAAUAAGAGUCUCUCUUGUUGAGUUUUAUGUUUAAAAAAUUUGAAUUUUUUUCCCGCUCUCAUAACAGAUUCUGGAGGAGUACAACAUGGACCACGUGCCAAUGAACCUUGUUCUUUUUGAUGACGCCAUCGAGCAUCUGACACGCGUACACCGUGUGAUCCGCAUGGAGAAAGGCCACGCCCUUUUAGUGGGGGUUGGAGGCAGUGGUAAACAGUCCCUAACCAAGUUAGGCGCCUUUUCUGCUGGAUGCGAGGUAUUUGAGAUCACCCUUACAAGAGGCUACGAUGAGAAUUCUCUCAGAGAGGACCUGAAGGGACUUUACUCGAAACUUGGUCUGGAAAACAAGAAAAUGGUGUUCCUAUUCACUGAUGCUCAUGUAGCACAGGAAGGUAAAAUUUCCAAACGAUAUUGGCACAUUAAUACGAUAAACAACACCAAAAUAAAGAUGGUACUGAUCUGCAUAGCAUUAAUGUUUUAUUGCAUUCCCAGGCUUCCUCGAGCUCAUCAACAACAUGCUCACCUCAGGAAUGGUUCCUGCGCUAUUCCCAGAUGACGAGAAAGAGGGAAUCAUCGGCCAGGUAAUUUCAAAUUGGCUAUUAAAGAUCCCUACGGGUCAUAUGUGUUGUCGAUUCUUGUUUUCGUUUUAAUGCUUUCCUCCGAGAGCUUCAGUUUUCUCAGAAAUUGAGGUGGUAAUUCAUGAAUCUGAGACUUGUGAAAGCGAAGCACUGUGAUUGGUCCGCAAAACGUGUACCAGCCAAUCAGGUGGAAACUUGUGCCAAUCGUGACGUGUUCACUCACUUUUCCCGCGCUUAAGGCCGUUGACAUGUAUUUCCUUUGAUUCUUUUCAUUGGCUCCUCGUGCCUCGAUUAGUUGUUGCGAUUACUUUGAUUUUGGUUUCACGAUAUUCCAUAGAAAACUGUUCGAUUUGAAGAACAGACUAUUUCAUAGCUUGGUUUAUUAAACAAAAGUAUAUUCCUUUUCUUUUUCUUCCCUUCAGGUUCGUGAUGAGGCAAACAAAGCCGGAGUACCACCUGCACGGGAAUCUAUUUGGCAGUACUUUGUUAACAAAUGCGCAAACAAUCUGCACAUCGUUUUAGCCAUGUCACCCGUGGGAGACACAUUGAGGACACGAUGCCGCAACUUCCCUGGUCUGGUCAAUAACUGUAGUAUUGACUGGUUUACAGCAUGGCCACAACAGGCACUCCAUGCUGUGGCCUCAGUAUUUUUGGGAGAAAACGUAAGUUGACGAGAGCCGUAGACAACUCUAUGAUAAUGCCUUUUACAGGGUACGCAUAACCUUGAGCCAAAUAUUUUCUGUCUGGCCCUCCUACUCAGUCAAUAAGUGUAUUGUACAUAGUAUUUACAUUGCAAUCUACUUAAUGACUUCAUGGCGUUAUGUUCUUGGGCAAAACUUCUAAGUCUCGCGGUGCCUCCUCUACUCAGGAAUAUGAAUGAGUACUGGUGAAUUGUCAGGGAAGCCUGAUGAAAUGGGAAGGGAGGGAAGGGUAAAUUUGCGAUGUAUUGGCCUCCCAUCCAGGGGGUAGUAUCAGUACUCCUAUAGUUGCUUCAUGCUAAGGAAACCGGGAUAAGGUCUGGCUAAAUGGGCCACUUGGCUCGAGUUCAGACUUUACCUUUUCAGUUUUACAUUGUAUUGAAUGCCACUCAAGAUGAGUAAAAAUUUCAAUAAAUAGGGUUGUUUUUUUCAUAAGUACUGAAUUACGUAAAAUUUUCAAAACAAUCCUGUUUUUAAAUGUCCUGAAAACGACCGCUCAGAUACACGCUUCACUGAUCCAUCAAAACAGAAAUUGUAUGUGGAGUUAAAAAAUUUCAGGGUUGUUUAGUAGUCAAGGUAUUUUUCAAAGAGCCUGUUUUACCCUCCCAUGUUGUGACCAAGACAACUAACCCUUUCUCCUCUGAGUGACCAAGACAUUUCAACAACAUCAACGCAAAAUCAAGUGGUGGGACUGAAGAAGAAUACAACGAGGGGAUUGUUAGUUGAUCCAAUACUAAAUUCUCUGAAUAAGUAUAAUAAGAACUGUAUGGCAAGGAGAAUUACUGAUGAGAUCUUGGAGAGAAAGGGUUAAAGUUCUCUCUAAUUUUUGAGGGUAGUACUAAAACAGUUUUUUACAGGUUAUUCUUAAAACCUGAAUGACUCCUCUUCGCCAACCUGUUGAAACGUUUUCCUUUUUUUUUCUUCAGAACGACAAGAUACCCGAUGAGCACCGUGAAAAUGUAGUGAACCAUGUGGUGUUUGUGCAUCAGACUGUCGGCGUGUACAGCAAAACAUUCUUGCAGAAGCUGAGGAGAGUUAAUUACACCACACCAAAGAAUUACCUAGACUUUAUCAACACGUACAACAAACUCUUGGAGGAGAAAGACAAGUUUGUCUUGGAACAGGUUAGCUUCACGUUCACGCAGCUGUCUGGCCUGUGGUCUGCAAUCACGCCCUCAUUAUUCACGCUGUAGGACGCACGUUUCUCCAUCCGCGGGAAGAUUUGAGACCAGUAGGGAAGAGGUUUGCCAGGGUCUGGACCCAUUGCAGACCUCUUGCCGCCUCCUCUCGUUGCUCAAGGUGUCAUACUUUCCCGAGGGCGAAGAAACGCCGGUGCUGAAGUGCUAUUAAUGAGGAGCAGCUCGUUGACUCGCCGCUAUCAUGUUGUAUUCUGGAAGAAUGACAUGGCUGGCUUCCAUGAAUGGAGACUGUAUUAAACGAAACAAAACUUUUCCUUCUUCCUUUCUGCAGUGGAUGUUAUGAUAUAUUCACGCGUAAUUAAGCAUAUUGAUUUGAACCAGGGGAAUAGAGUAAUUUUCAUUUGAGUGUUGAAAUGUUUUUACUUCACUUUGAUUAGUGAUUGGUCCAGAAAAAAACUCGUGCCAUUCUCUCAAAACUAAAAACAAACGCGACUUCGUCACUUGCUUCUAGCAGAAUGCUUCUUUUCACUUCUAGUUCUCAUGUACCCAAUCAGUUAUCAAAUUAUUUUUCUAGUAAAGGGUGAUCGCGUUUUUCUCCAAAUAAUAUUUCGACUUUUGCUUUAGUGUCAUCGUCUUGACGGAGGCCUCAGCAAAUUGUUGGCCGCAAGCGAACAGCUGAAAGAACUGAAUGAAAAGCUGGAGAUUCAGAAAGUGGCGGUGACAGAGAAAAGCGAGGCCUGCGAGAAACUGCUCUCAGAGAUUCAGCGUGCCACGGAACUAGCAAACGAGAAAAAGGCCAUGGCGGUUGGGAAGAGAGAGGAAAUAGCCGAACAGAACAAGGAGAUCGUUGUCGAGAAAGCCGAGGCUGAGGAAGCUCUUGCCCAGGCUCUGCCUGCGUUAGAAGAAGCUAAACUGGCUUUGCAGGAUUUGGACAAAUCUGACGUCACUGAGAUCAGGUACGUGUUCUAACGUGCUACUCAGAGAGGGGGCUGAAAAAAUAAACAAACAUGGGACAGCCUAAGUAAAAACUAGUUUCUCAAUAUUGAGUCGCUGUUGCGAAAUGAUUAAUUAAUUAUUUAUUUCGCUUUCUUCUUUGUAAUCACAUGAGGAAUUGUACUCAUGAUGGUUAUCAACCCUCCAUUUUCUCUCCCUAGGUCAUUCGCCAAACCCCCUCGCGCGGUACAGAUGGUAUCAGAGUGUAUCGUCGUAAUGCGUGGUUACAAAGAGGUAUCAUGGAAACAAGCAAAGGGAAUGAUGUCUGAAGCAAACUUCUUGAAGAGCUUGACAGAUAUGGAUGUGGAUGGCAUCACAAGCGCUCAGGUAACGGGUAGAGAUUAAAGGUUAUUUUCCACAGGCUGAGUGAAACGAAGCAAGUGGAGAUGCGUAGGUCUUUUUCACCCACCACUUGGGGUAUUAAGUUAUACUCAAGUUACACUACAUAAUGAUUCAGUGUCAUAAAACCCUAACGAUUACAACGGACGCUGACAGGAAAGGUAACAAUGACAAGUAGCAAGCGCGCAAAAGUGCUAGUUAACAUCUGACAUUUCAUUGUAAUUUUUUGGUGUGAUUGGUUGAAAAGAUGGCCGAACGUGCUCGACAAUUUAUAGAGUAAAAAAACUAAGGCGAUACUGAAUCACGAUCAAAUAACCAAUUUGCGAUAGGGCCAAACCAUGGCGCUUCCAAUUUCCAUUGGGUUCUAUUAUCUCUUCUCUCCUCCUUUAAUUAACCGUGGCAUUUCUUUAGGUGCGUCGCGCCCGUGAUAUGUUGAAGGAGAUGAACAUCACAGUGGAAGAGAUGAGAGAAGUCAGCAAAGCAGGAGCUGGAUUACUCAAGUUUGUGGUGGCCGUGCUUGGCUACUGCUCUGUUGCCAGGGAAAUCAAACCAAAGAGAGAGAAGGUAGGUGUUGUAGAGAUGAUCCACAAGGUUGUCCGAAACAAAUCUAACCCAUAAUAGAAGUAAUUGGUUUACGUCCCUGUGGAAGGAGCGUGGGCUUAUGUCUUGGACAGCGGUUAGUUACUAAGGUUAGAAGAAUACAUAGUGUAACAAUCCUACACUGGGUCUAAACGAGACCCUCUAUACCACACUUACAAAUUGUUAUCAGUCUGUACGAAGUGUGAUGAACUCUGUAUCUUUUUGCAUCACAGGUGGCUAGGCUGGAGAGAAAUUACCACCUGAGUAAGCGUGAAUUGGAGAAGAUCGAGAAAGAAGUGAAGGCUUUGGACGAGGAACUGAAGAAUCUUGGGGAUAAAUACGAUGCCGCCAUGAGAGAGAAGUCGAGUCUACAGGAAGAAGCAGAAAUUAUGGAACGGCGCCUGAUAGCAGCUGAUAAACUCAUAUCUGGUCUGGGAUCUGAGAAAAUAAGGUAAAUGAAUUGAGACCUCUCAUUGCCGGAGAGUGAUUCAAGACACGGUCUUUAAGAUAGCAGAUUGUAUUUAUGUUAUGAGCACAGCAUAGCUCUAAAGGCUGGUUUUCGCGAUCGUCGAAGGCAAAGUCGGAGUUAUUUUCAUCGGCGUAGAGCGACACAAUCCGAUGAUUUUUAUCAGCUAAGUUGAUAAUGUCAAUUGGGCAGCGUGAAGCUGACGUUUCGAGCGCCAUGCCCUCGUCCCUCGCUCCUUAGCCCUUCCUAUUGGCUCUGACGAUGGGCUAACGCUCGUAACAUCAGCUUUAGAAAGUCCUUGCGGUGGCCAAUUUAAAUUAUCAACUCAUUUUAUCAAACCAAAAAUAUUUAGUAAUACUCCACACCGACGUAGCACCGUAGUUAGAAACGUACUCCCUUUAUUUACAUAGAGAAUAGAUCCUGCUCGUGUUUCUGUCACGCGCGACCCAUGCACCGCACCAAGCCAAGGAGUUUCCAAGUGAAAUCGAAAGUUGUAAGCCAAAGUAUGGCCUGAGAACUCGCAUUAUGACCGGUUGGUUCUUCUACGUCUGCUUGCGACUUUGAAAAUCUAGUUUACACUGGAUCAUAGUCAUUAAUGGAAUUGGAUAAAAAUGGAAAUUUUCUGUUUGCCUCCGAUUCCAUCAAGCUUGUGAUUCCGCUUACGACUCCGAUUUUCGAUUUCACUUGGAAAAUGCACCUUGGAAUCCAACUACUACUCCUUCGCGGGUAAAAUCCAGGCUUGGAAGGUGUUCUUAGGUGAUAUACAAUCUUAAGUCUUUGAUGAAUCCCUUCUUAUGUCCCUCUCCCUCAGAUGGACGGAAGACCUUGAAGAACUAAAGCGUCAACGAGUUCGUUUGCUUGGAGACUGUCUCCUGGCCUCAGCCUUCCUCAGCUAUCUGGGAGCCUUCACUUGGGACUUCCGAUAUGACAUGUAUCGGGGAGAGUGGGAGAAAGACGUCCUAAAUCGAAACAUCCCCGUGAGUCAACCCUUUAGGCUGGACACCUUCCUCACUAAUGAUGUGGAGAUCAGUCGAUGGACAUCGGAGGGGCUCCCUCCGGAUGAACUGUCGAUCGAGAAUGGUAUCCUGACCACCCAGGCCAGCCGGUAUCCACUGUGUAUUGAUCCACAGCAGCAGGCACUGAACUGGAUCAAGAAGAAAGAAGAGAAAAACAAUUUAAAGGUGAGAUGUGCGUUUGUGUCAGUCGGAUGCGCGGCAGGUUCUCGCUUUGUGAGAAUUUUCAAUCAUGAAUUUUCAGUGUUUGAGUAGCCUUAUCUUCUUAACUCUGUAUCAUGCCUUUCGCUUCAGAGAUUUAAUAGCUUAUUCUUGCACCUGGCAAAUAUACAUCUCUUUGUUGGAUAUUCCUGAGAAUUUGAUGUUUGAUCACCGUCGGAAGACAAAAUUUCCAAGUUGAUGAUUUUCUGAAUCAGUCAUCAGGCAGUUUUUGAAAGUUGUAAGAAUAGUUUUUAAUUUGAUAUCUCUUAGAGGUGAAAGCCAUUACUAAUUUAAUCGUCAUUUCUUGUUGCUUUAUCUUGUAGGUUGUUACUUUCAACGAUCCAGAUUUUCUAAAACAGCUUGAGUUGGCCAUCAAAUAUGGCUUCCCCAUUUUGUUUAAGGACGUUGAUGAGUACAUUGAUCCUGUGAUCGAUAACGUACUGGACAAGAAUGUUAAAGGUAACAAUACAAAGAGAACAAAACACUCUAAGUAAUGAAUUAACCUUGUUAUUACUGCUGUCAGGCGAUAAAGGUACUUCUCUUGUAUGUAUUUAUUCGAUACUUACAACAGCCCUCUAGACAAAGAAAGCUCCUAGAGGAGAAAGAAAAAGAUUCUGUAUUGUUGGUACGACCGUAUAUUCUUGUAGAGUCUGAUUUUUGAUCGCUUGCUCUCGAAAUUUAGUCACUAAACAACAGCCUAUCAGAUGCUGUGCAUUACUCUCUCCUUACCUUUCGUCAUAAAAAACGUCCUCAAAACUUUUUUUCGGUGGAACAAGGACGUCAUUUUCAAGGGGUACAAAUGACUUCGGCAAUUGUUUUAUUUGUAGAGCAGUUUUCAGUUGACCAUCGAAAAACCAAAACCAAAGUAAACCAAAGGAAAUUCAAACUAAAAACAGGCGAAAAACUUAAAGCGCGGAAAAACGCGAGUGACCAAGUCGCCAUUGGUGUUAAUUUUGCGUCUGAUUGUUUUAAAGGAUAACGGAAGUUUUCCAAACCAAUCACAGGGACAAGUAAAGCAAAAACAAAACAAUCCCUAAUUACUUCGACACUCAAUGAAAAAUUCCUGUAUGUAUCGUGACAAUGUUGUGGUAUUUUUUCUAUCAGGCGAGCCUGGCCGCGAAUUCGUUGUAUUGGGAGAUAAAGAAGUGGAUUAUGACCCAAGUUUCCGUCUGUACCUGAACACAAAGCUGUCCAACCCUAAGUACACGCCAACGCACUUCAGUCGCUGUAUGGUUGUGAACUACACAGUGACUAUGAAGGGACUUGAGGAUCAGCUGUUGAGUGUUAUUGUGGGAUUUGAGAGGAAAGAGCUUGAGGAACAGAGAGAAAGACUUAUUCAGGAAACCAGGUGAGUUGUUCCUGAGCACCAAUGAUAGUUGGACAUAUCGCUCACUAGUGUUAAAAACGAGUCUUAUUUUCAUGGUGAUGUAACAUUUUGUUUUAGUGAUAACAAGCGCCUACUGAAGGAUCUUGAAGACACGCUUCUUCGUGAGCUGGCUACGUCGCAGGGUAACAUGUUGGAUAAUGUUGAACUUGUUCAAACUCUAGAAGACACCAAGUCAAAGGCUGUUGAGGUAAUAAUCUCGUUUGAUUUCUUUCGUUAAAUUUUAAUCAGUCCGAGCUACUCCCACAGUUAGCAUGGAAUGGACUUAUCACUGUUUUACAUCCUCUUCUUCGGGCGGGUCAUUAUGCUGUUCGUCUUUCAUCCGAUAUUACUUAAGUCUCUAUUCCCCACAAACGUCUUACUGAAUCUUUUUGUUCUCUCCAGGUCGGUGAGAAGCUCAAGCUUGGCGCCAAAACAGCAAUCGACAUCGACAAGCUUCGCGAUGGUUACAGGCCAGCGGCAAAGCUAGGAGCGGUUCUGUUCUUUGUGUUAUCAGAGAUGUCAGCAGUGAAUUCUAUGUACCAGUACUCUUUGGCUUCCUAUUUGCAAGUGUUUGACUUGUCUUUGAGAAAGAGCUUACCAGAUUCCAUUCUGCCAAAACGACUCAAAAACAUCAUGGACACCCUCACUAUGAAUGUGUACAAUUAUGCCUGUACUGGUAAGGGUAUACCUCAUGACGACCUAUAUGAUACACUCAACCCUUAAACUUUCAGUAGUGAUUAACAUGUAACUUAACAUGUACUGGGAGUAACAAUAAAUCGUGUGCUGUGAUGAUGGUCCGGAUGAAAGUAGUCCUGAAAUGGAGUGUUGAUAACGACAGUCACCAACGUUUUGACUACCUCAACAGAAGUUAUUUUCAGAAUUCAGGCCAUGAGCUGUUUAUCGAUCGAAUGUUUAAGUUUUGGAGUAUUGGUCAUUUUUUUUCCCGAAUACUAUUGGCUGGAAGGGUUAAAUAAUCCUUACAGUUUCUUUUCAAAGGAAAAGGAAGAAGGAUCGUUUUGUAUUCAACAACAUUGUUUAUCACGAGUAUCUGUGUUUUAAUCUUUAGGCCUGUUUGAACGCCACAAGUUGCUCUUUUCAUUCCAAAUGACCAUCAAAAUUAUGGAGGCAGACGGAAAGCUUAACCCCGAGGAGCUGGAUUUCUUCCUCAAAGGCAACAUUUCUCUUGAAAAGAGUUCUCGCUCAAAACCCUUCCCUUGGCUGCCAGAUCAAGGCUGGGAAGACAUACAGAGACUCAUGACUGUGACUCCAGACGCUUUCAGUUCACUGGCGGAUGACAUAGAAAGGAAUGGGAAAGACUGGAAAGAGGUGUGACGGUCUAAUUACUUUCUAAACGUAAAGAUAAGGCUACGUGGCCAACCCACGCUCACUUUGAUGUAUAUUUGAGCUUGACUGAUCCGAAUCCUUUAAAACUUGUAUAGAAAAUACUGGCCAUAGUCUGAGUGCCACAAAGUCGUCAACUCUACUUAAAAUGCACAUAAAUGAAAAGAUUAUUUCAGGGUUGGAUAAUACCACCAUUUCAUUUCUCUUUAGUGGUGUGACCAAGAUGCACCAGAAUCCGCCCCUUUUCCUGGUCGUUACGAAGAAAAACUGACAGACUUUCAACGUCUUCUUCUCCUGCGCUGUUUCCGUGUGGAUCGAGUUUAUCUGGCUAUCACGAACUUCGUGACUGGCAGAAUGAGCGAGAAAUAUGUGACGCCGCCUGUGAUCAGUUUUGAGGCGAUAUUUGAGCAGUCCAACCCGUUCUCGCCAAUAAUCUUCAUUCUCAGCCCCGGCUCGGACCCUGCUAGUGACUUGAUGAAGCUGGCUGAGAGAUCAGGCUUUGGUGGAAAUAAGUUGAAGUUCCUUGCAAUGGGUCAAGGGCAGGAAAAGGUAACACCAUUGAUUUGCCUUCAUUUGUUGUUUUUUUUUGUAAAUUUUCCCAUCAUUAAGAGGCACACAAGCAGAGAUGAGAAGGACAAAGUAUAUAUAGUCUCUUCUUUCCCAGACUCCCUUCCCGCCGUUCCCUACGUGGCAUGCCACUCCGGCUGACUCGAUUCUUGUCCCUUGCGACUCUUGUAACCGAUAAUGGGCGAUAUGAGGAUGAACGAGUCAGAAAGGUCUUAUUAAAUUGUUUCCAGGGUUUUAGAAAUUGCAAAAGCUGCUUAUGAUAAAUUUUAAAUCUAAUCUUCCUUUUGUAUAGUUGUCCGAUUUCGGUUCGUUCCAUCUGAUUUCGCACAGUUCUGUCCAAUUUCGAAUUUAAUUAUUGUAUGACGUAAACCACUUCAAUAUUCUUCCUUCUCUUUGCAUUUGCAGUUAGCCCUGCAACUGCUUGAAACAGCGAUCGCUCGCGGUCAGUGGCUGAUGCUUCAAAACUGUCAUUUACUGGUAAAGUGGUUGAGGGAACUUGAAAAAGUCUUGGAACGGAUCAGUAAACCGCAUCCUGAUUUUAGGCUCUGGCUCACCACGGAUCCUACACCGGAGUUCCCUAUUGGGAUCCUACAGAGGUCCCUCAAGGUAAGGUGACAAGUAUUUGCAAGGAAUCACCACAUGAUGUUUUACGAAACCUUUGAGGUAUGUAGAGGAGGUGCAGUCCAUUAUGGUUUCGCGCUAGACUCUUCGUCGAAAGAUCUUAGCUUAAGCCCAGGCUUAGAUUGUGAGCCAGCUCUCAUUAUUAGCGCUACGACACGAGCUUUGCUUAGCCCGCGAGCAAGUCUAAGUUCUGGAGCAAAGCAAGAGGUCUGAUAAGGAGAGACACAAUUCUUCUAGAUGCUUCGUGUUUUAGAAACUAGGAUAAGCCCAAGCGGUGCGAGCCUCUUGGUUCGCGGGAAACACUUGAAUUUUUUUUACUUUUAGAGCCAUGCUGACAGUUAUUUCUUAACAUUUCUGUCUGACUUGCAUAAAAUACUUUUUUUUCAGGUUGUUACUGAGCCGCCGAAUGGUCUAAAGCUGAAUCUUCGCAGUACUUAUCACAAGAUUACCAACCAGGCGCUUGCUGACUGUCCUCACCAGUCCUUCCCACCGCUUGUGUACGUCAGAAAUUGUAUUUAUUUACAAUAAAAGCGCGCGCGAGGAUCGUGGGGGUCAUUUGAUGGGAUACUUCUCUAUAUUAUUCAUAAAGUGACUGUAAUAUCAUUGAAGAGGUUUUAAUUAUUAGUAUCACACUACGAAAGUCAAGUUUUUAAAGCAUGUGUACCUUCCCGAGUUUUGCUCUGGAUUCAUGAUGUCUUUUCUGGCCUGUCAAUUAGGCAGAUUAAUUUGGUGACCAUUAACCCUGUGACUCCCCUGAGUGACCAAGACAGAAUUUCUCCUUACAAAAUCAAUACAAUAUCAAGCAGACAAGUGAUGAGAAAAAACGAAAAUAUCAAUUAGGGGAUUAGUGGUUGAUCCAAUACCAAAUACUCCAAACUAACAUCAUAAGAAUUGUAUGUUAGACAGUAAGGAGAAUUGCUAAUGAGAUCUUGGUAGGUAGGAAAGCAAGAGCCCAUAAUAAUCACACAGUAAGAACAGGUUGGAUUUCAACGAGAUAGAGUAUGAGAUCUCUCUUGGCUGUUUUUUUGCUUCGUUUAUCAGACCUUUAGAUUGUUGUGGUUUCAAUUUAUCUGUGAAUGUAACAGGGAACCGGUUUUUUGUUUGCUAAUUAGGUAUGUGCUGGCAUUCUUCCACGCAGUGGUACAGGAAAGACGAAAGUACGGGAAAAUUGGCUGGAAUAUUGCUUAUGAUUUCAACGAGUCAGAUUUCCGAGUGUGUAUGACUUUACUGAACACUUAUCUAACUAAAUCACUGGAGAGUCCUGACAAGAGGAUACCUUGGGCCAGUUUGAAGUAUCUCAUUGGCGAGGUGAGUCAUUAUUGACAAAUUAAAUCAGAGAAAUAUGGGUUUCGCCUUGUUAAAAAAAAAAAAUACCAUCUUUCGUCUAUUACUUAUCGACACGAACCUUCCGACAUUGCUCGCCCUGGCAGUAUGCUGGACGUGUGUUAUACAAGAACCUUCUAAUGGCCUCACUCACCGCCGCGUUUUCUGUUUCUCAGUGGUAGAGCAUCAGAGCGCGGAAUCCGACUGUCUAUGGUUUGAUUCCUCAAGAAAACUAUGGAUUUUUUUUUGUUUGUCUCACGUUCGGGACAAGACGAAAAACAAAUUUAUUGAUUUCACCAUCGAGCUUAAAAGUAACCAUCUUUCCUAUUUUAAUACAUUGGAUUUGUUGUAAUGAGAAUUGAAUUUGUGGUGUUUUUCCUUUUUGUUAUGUAGGUCAUGUAUGGUGGACGGGUUAUCGAUGAUUUUGAUCGCCGCGUAGUGAAAACUUACAUGGACGAGUACAUGGGCGACUUUAUAUUCGAUACCUUUCAGCCAUUCCACUUCUACAUGGGCGAAGAGGUGGAUUAUUUCAUUCCCAAACCUGAAAAAGGUAGGCAUUAAUCUCACUUCAUUUUUUUAUCUUAUCCCUUUACUGCUAACCUGUCCUCUCUUUGGAAUUAUUCCGUCAGUCCAAGACCCUGAUCGUUUUUGUCAGUUUGGAAACUCUUCGGUCAGCCUUUUACCAUUUUAGUUGUUAAAGAGGCUGCGUUGUAGACAAGCGGUUGAACAGGCUGUUUGUAAACCUAAAGUGAAACAAACUGCUCUAAUCUUUUUUUUUUAUUAUUUUUUAUUUUUUAUUUUUUUUUUAUUUAAACAAGGGUGACGUCAAUGAGAUAAUAGUCGACGUUUCGAUAGUACAAGGCCAACUUACAAAUUCGAAAGCAUUAUCUCUCAGUAUGUGCACAAUGAUUAGUCAAUUUGGCGGGCCAUGUUUCACUGUACAGCCCGCUAAAUUUAAAAGUUUGUUUGAACCGAAAUCUUCCUCCUCUAUCGGUUAAAACCCAGGAAUACAAGAAAUAUCUUAUUAACCUCGUUUUCUCAGUCUGUUCUAUGAUUUACGGACCCUCGUUUUUGCUGCUCAGAUUUGUCGCGCAAAAGCUUCACUUUGGAUUAUAAAUCCGUGCGGAAAAACUCCGUCUGUAACUUGCAUUACGCACCUUGAACCCAGUUUGUAAGAGAAUUUAUUCAACGUUUAAGUGCAUAACACAGAAUAAUGUAUCAAAACUUUUCACUAUUUUAGAUGCUCCGGAGUGUAACCGAGACUUAUACGUGGACACCAUUGAGGAUUUGACCCUGUCUAACACCCCUGACGUCUUCGGUCUGCACCCCAACGCGGAGAUUGGUUACUACACUCACUCAGCCAAGGACAUGUGGAACCACUUGGUGGAGCUGCAGCCUCAGACCGGAGGAGAGUCAGGAGGCAUCAGCCGGGAGGAGUUUAUAGGCAAGAUCGCCACGGACAUUCAAGGCAAGCUACCUCCUCUCUUUGAUGUGGAUCGGGUCAGGAAGAACAUCACAGACAUCACGCCGACUUAUGUGGUGUUACUGCAAGAGCUGGAUCGGUUUAAUGUCUUAAUCAGGAAGAUGUCAACUUCGCUUAUCAACCUUCAGAGGGUGAGCAACUGCAACUUUUUUCCAGUGGACACUCAAAAAUUAGCGCACAUUCGGAAAACGUUAUUCCAGAUAUUUAACGUUCUCAAAUUUAACAUUCAGUUGGUGCAAAGCGAUCCAGAAUCACAGACGUUGUCCGUUAUUAUCCAAUUUUAGAUGCUAUUGUUUGCUUUUGGACGCUAAUGUCUGAUUUUGAACGCAAGUGUCUGAAUGCCGACACCAGUUUCCGACUCUAGACACUAGUAUUCGAUUUUAGGCACUAGUGUCCGGUCUUGGACACUAGUAUUCGAUUUUAGGCACUAGUGUCCGGUCUUGGACACUAGUAUUCGAUUUUAGGCACUAGUGUCCGGUCUUGGACACUAGUGUUCGAUUUUAAACACGAGUGUCCGAUUUUAGACUUAAAUGUCCGAUUUUGAACACUAGCGUUCGAUUUUGGACACUUGUGUUUGAUUUUAAACACUAGUGUCUGUGUAUAAGGCCAGUCUUGAAGCUACCGUCUGAUUUUAGACACUAGUGUCCGAUUUAGAUGACGUUAAACUGACAAAAAUUAACUCCCUAUAUUCUUCGUGCCUGUUUUAAUUAUCGUUGGCCGCAAAUGUUUAGCUUAUAUUGUACUAUUGUUUCGGUACCCUUUAAUCAGCUGUGCAUUCAUUUAAAAUAUGGUAAUUCUCUAUACCAGGCCCUUGCGGGGGAAGUAGGAAUGAGUAGUGAACUGGACGAAGUGGCACGUGCUCUGUUCAAUGGUCAGCUUCCUAGUAUUUGGCGCAAGCUUGCUCCAGCCACGCUCAAAUCGCUCGGCAACUGGAUGGAGCAUUUCCUCAAACGCCUCAGCCAGUACAACAAAUGGGUUAGUAGUCGUCUGACACCUUUGAUUAUUAACAUUUUGAUAUUAAAUUAGAGUGUCAGCUAUUUAUUAUGGACUGGCUCGUAUGAGCACUUGAAAGAGGUUGCUGGUGGGAUGUCCGUGAAUUUGACUACAUUUAUCCUCUGUGGAGAAGAGUAGAGUUCGUCUCAACCAAUCAAAUAUCAGGGUCCUUAAAAGCUCGCAUAUUUGUUUGAUUGUGUUCGAGUUGUUCGUUUUGUUUUUUGUAUUUUGUAUGCGCGCUCCUUGCUUGCAUUCUCUUGCUUACAUUCUCUUGCUUACGGGAAAUCUGUUGGGCGAUCUGAACAAAUCAGGUUCGUUACGAGCUCAUUUGCUUGUUUCCUUCUAUUUUUAUUUGUUUUGUUUCCCCACUGACUCGGAGAAUAUAUUUUGUGAUCAUUUAUUUGUAUGUUACCCAUUCAAGAAGAGAGGACUCGCUUACCAGGAAAACAAAACCCGAUUUUUAUGUAGGAAUCACCAAAAAUAGUGUAGAUUGCCUCAAUGCAGGAAACCUUUUCUGAUAACUAUUGGGACAAAUUCUCAUUUCUCUUGUCAUAGGUGAAUGACGGUGAGCCCGCAGUGAUCUGGUUAUCCGGGCUACACAUCCCGGAGUCUUAUUUGACCGCCCUUGUGCAAGCCACCUGUCGUAAGAACGGCUGGCCCCUGGAUCGGUCCACACUGUACACCACAGUUACGAAAUACAAGACCGCAGAGGAGGUCACCGAGAGGGCACAUUCUGGCUGCUUUGUGAGUGGACUAUACCUGGAAGGUGCCUCUUGGGACUUAGAGGCAGGGUGCUUAAGAAGACCCAAACCGAAGGUUCUUGUUGAGGAGCUGCCUGUCUUGAAAGUGAUCCCAAUUGAGGGACACAGGCUCAAAUUACAGGUAAAUAGAAAUGUUUUCCGGUGCGUAGUGGUCUUUGAAUCAGUAGCUUAAUGUUCAUCCUCCCCAAAGGGUUUGCGUUAUUUAGCAGUUGAAAGCUAAAGCAGUAUUGUUUAUCUUAUUAUCCGUGCGACGCCCGCGCACGCUUUUAUUGAAAAACAAAUCUCCGUAUGAGAGCCGCGUGCGAAAGGGCCCCGCCGUAAAAAGCCUUAAGGGCCAGGGUACGGUUCUGCAGAGGAAGGCAAGAAGAAAGGAAAACAGAGAAAGGUCGUGGUCAUAUGAUAAAAUGUUUAUGGACUGAUUUAGGUUCAGCUGGUUGGGAAAAUAUUUGGCUCUCGGUUACCGUUAUGACUUGUUCUCCCACUCAGCUUAUGAUAAAAUAUUUGUUUCAAGUUCAUUGUUUGAUUCAGUUGAUCAUUCUUUCAAGGGGGACCCUUGUGCGUACAAAUGUGUUCCUUGAUUUGAGGUUUUCCUUCAAUGUUAAUAUUAGAUUAACAGGUAGGGGACGUACCUGCUUCAGUUAGGACUAAACUUUUUGUUUCUAGAGUAGAGAUUUCCAUUGAAGGGAGGGCUUUCCCAUUACAGUUGCUUCAUUUUCCUUGUUGUGCCAUUCUAAAUCUGUAGUUUUUUGUUAAAAGUGAGCGUUUACAUGUCUAAUUCUUCCCGAUCUUUUCCUUCUAAUUCCCGUUUAGCAACUGCGCUUACUAUAACUCAAGUGUAAGUAUACAAUAUCUAAUUUUUUUUCUUCUUUUUUGUAGAACACAUACCGCUCACCCGUGUACACAACAUCUCAGCGUCGUAACGCAAUGGGAGUGGGACUGGUCUUUGAAGCUGACCUGGCCACUCAUGAACACAUAUCUCACUGGGUAUUACAAGGUGUUUGCCUUACACUCAACUCCGACUGAAAGCUUCUCUUGUUAAACUGUUAAACUCGCCUCCAAAAUUAAAACCCUGUGACUAGUGAAACUCGCCUCCAAAAUUACAACCCUGUCACAGGUGAAUUUGGUUUGCCUUCGUCUGUUCUCCUGUGUGGUUUGUUUCUAGGAUGGCUGAAUGUAGUGUCGUUGUUUUAGGUGCCUGAUCUUAUUCUCUUUUUCAGGCGGUUCAUACCGCAUUGUAGUUUUGAGGAGAUCAAGUCGAGAAAGCCUAAUAUAAGCUUAAUCGAUUUAGCUUUAGUGAAUGAAUUUUUGUAAAUAGCAGAACAGUUUUCCUUACCAUACCUUUCAUUCGCACCCAAACAUUACUCGUAAUAUCAUUCUCUUAGUUGGAGUUUUUCUUGAGUGAAAAAAAUAGAAGAAGAAAAACAAUUUAAAAAUGAUUUUGUUGGACGUGUAUGAUGAGUGUAUUUUCAAACGUUUUUCGUAAUAAAAUUACUUCAUUUUGCCUUUGAAAAAGGCUCUCAAAUCUGUUUUCCUGUACUGUCUUUGCGUGCAGUCCGUAAGACAUUUUCCCCGCAUAUUCAUACCGGAAGUAGAGG